GAAUUUUCGUAUUUCCGAUUUUGGCCGCUUGCCUGUGUUUUUGUUUUCUGUUGCGUUUUAUUUCGAUUUCGAACAAGUUAUUUCUUGAAUUUCCGAAUUUUUUCGCACGGUGAAUUUCUGAAUACAGUCGUAAAUUAUAAAUCGACUAUUGUCUAUACUUCUUGCAUAAUUUUGAAGCUUCAUCAUUGCAGAAUUUAAUUUCAUGAUGCCGAGCCGAAGUAUCGAUUCUAAACGCGAAGAAUUCCGCAAAUACUUGGAAACUGCCGGUGUCAUGGACACCAUCACCAGAAUUUUAACCAUGAUCUACGAAUGUACCGACAAACCUGCGGAUCCUCUGCAAUUUUUACGCGAUGAAAUUCUUAAAUCUUCUCCGGUUUUAUUGGAAGAAACCGCAAAUGCGAAGUAUCUGGAAAGCGCCAGAGAACGGAUUACGAAGUUGGAGACCGAAAAUGAAAAUUUAAAAAAAGAGAUCGAAAGAUUAAAAGCUGCGGCAUUCUCGCAAAAUCGUCUUCCUCCUGUAGAAGAAUAAAAAUGAAAUUACGAUCAUCUUUCCUUAUUUUUCGCCUAUUCGUUAAGUUCGAAGAGUUUGUAUUAUUUAAGAAGUAUUGGUUAAUUUGUAUAGUAAUUAUAGGAUGGAAUCGUGUUCGAGUAAAUACUAUUAUAUAGUUUUCGAAUUAAAA